UGUUUUGAUGUUUUGAAUUGUGUUACGUUUUUCAUUUUGUUUUGUUCGGGGCUUUUUGAACCAAUAAUAUGGGCAUAAAUUUAUUUCUCAGUCAUCGAAUCCAGUGACCACUAAACUAGAAUUAUGGCACCGGACACCAUCGGUGAUAAGGCUGAAGAGCUGCCACAAGCGCACAACGCGCAAGUUGAAGACCCGACUUCAGCAGUGGGGUACUCUAGGGCUUCGGACGAUGCGGUUAAUCGGUCAAAUGAACAAUGGCAAUUGUUGAUGAAAACUCAGAACGCCCAGAUGAUGGAAUUAAUUCGCAUGAUUAAUGAACCGCCGCCUAAUGUUGGCAGAAAACCUGAGUCUGCAUUGUCCGUUACAUUGCCCGAGUUUAAUCCCGAAGAAGAAGGAGCAGACGCGGUGGCAUGGUGCAAAAUAGUUGACAUUUGUCUCGGUAAAUGCCCGCUUCAAGGCCGCGCCCUCAUCAUUGCACUGAGCAAAUCAUUAAAGGGCAGCGCAUCAAUCUGGCUAUCCCAGGUGACAUAUGAGGGAAUGACCUGGGACGAAUUUAAAUUUAAUUUUCUCGCAUGUUACGACUCCGAGAAUACAUGCGCGGCAACAAUGAUAAGUAUCAACAACAGCCGCCCUAAGGAAGAAGAAUCCUACGCAGCUUACGCCAGCCGGAUAGUAAACUCAUUUCUAACAAGAUGGAAGGAUUUAACACCAGAACAAAUCGCAGUUUCAUUUGUGCUAGCUCACAUUUCCCGAUUCGACAGCAGAGUUCAGAGGAUGGCUCAUAUGACGAAUAUAAUGACACGCGAGAAACUUGUCCAGGAGUUGUCAGAGUUUUCUUAUUUGAAACAUAAACUACUACCAAAUCCCGAUGAAAAUAAUGAUCUGAUCCCGGAAAAACGAGUUAAAAGAGUUCCUAUUCAACGCCCUGCUAGAAAACGCAAUAGUACGAAACCUAAAAAGGCUGAUGGAACGUCAAGUAAGCCUGUGGACAUUGUGCCCGAGAUCUGUUAUGAAUUACAACCAAAUUCGGAUGAUAAUAUACUUAAACUGAAACUAGUUAAAAGUAGUAUUUCUAUUGAACGUCCGGCCAGGAAGCGUAAGAGCACGAAACCAAAAACGGCUACGGCAACGUCCAGUACGCCAAUGGAUGUGAUGCCUGAGAUUUGUUAUCGCUGCGGGGAGGGAGGCCACAACACCAUCGAGUGCCCGAAGGCGAGUGCCACUGCCAGCGCCCUUUCGGAGCCGCGAGCCGGUACCUCGGCCAGUGCACAGAGCCACGUGAUUACCAGUAAACACGACUGUGUGUGCUGUGGUGGCCCACAACCUGCCACGGGAACCUUACGCCAGCCAGGCGAGUCCUUUUACAAGCUUUUUAUUAACUUGCAAUGUAGGUAACUGUGUAUGUUUGUACAGGUCAAAUCUUGCAAGUUAAAUUUAACUCACUUCCCGACUUCCAAUGAAACUGAAAAUUUGGAUACAUAUGUAAGUCGGGUGACAAUGCCAUCGAGCUGAUCUGAUCAUGGAGACAGGAGGUCGUCCUAGGAACUCUGUGAUAAAACAAUGAAACCUAAUUGUGUUUGGAGUUAUUAGAACUGUCUUG